CCCCGCGGGCGGGAAGGCGGAAGGGCUGCGGGUAGGUAGCCUUGGGCAGUAGCGCUGCGGCUCCCACCGCGUCUCCCGCGUUGCCCGGCCGGGACCAUGGAGGCGGCGCUGCUGUGGUUCUGCAACUGGAGCACGCUGGGCGUGUGCGCCGCGCUCAAGCUGCCGCAGAUCCACGCGCAGCUGGCGGCGCGCAGCGCGCGGGGCCUCAGCCUCCCGAGUUUACUGCUGGAGCUGGCGGGGUUCCUGGUCUUCCUUCGCUACCAGUGUUACUAUGAGAACCCAUUGCUCACCUACCUGGAGUACCCCAUCCUCAUCGCCCAAGAUGUCAUCCUCCUGCUGUGUGUCUUUCAUUUUAAUGGGAACGUGAAGCAGGCCGUACCCUACCUGGCUGGAUUCGUGUUGUCUUGGUUCGUUCUCAGCCUGCAGAAGUGGAUCAUCGACCUGGCCAUGAAUUUGUGUACCUUCAUCAGUGCAGCCAGUAAGUUUGCCCAGCUCCAGUAUCUGUGGAAGGCUCAAGACUCGGGAGCUGUGAGUGCGCUGACGUGGGCCCUGUCUGCGUACACCUGUGCAACAAGAAUAGUGACAACCUUAAUGACUACCAAUGAUUUCACAAUUCUUACACGUUUUGUGAUCAUGCUAGCUUUAAACAUAUGGGUAACAGCUACAGUACUGCGCUACCGGAAGCCUGCCGUCAAAGCUGAGUGAUGAAUGUUAUCCUACGCACAAAGUGGAAUCGAAGGAAAAGCACUAACAUCUUCUCAACAUUCAGUCAAUCGUUGCAGAAACUUUGAAGUCAGAGGUGGUUUAACAGCUUUGGAAGCACCUGUAGCCAGGUGUGGUGGCUGUAAUCCCAGCACUCAAGUAGGAGGGCCACAAAUUCAAGUCUAGCCUAACAGUAGACCUUGGGAAAAGAGGAGAAAGGAAGGAAAAGAACUACUCAGUAUGCCAUUUCCCCACCUCUACCUGCCCUCUGCUCACGAUAUAGCCCAGGCAGAGCUUCAGGUGUGAUCCUCCCGCCUCAGCCUCCAGAGUGCUGGUAUUAUAGGCUGUGCUUCUUGAUGUAGCUUAACAUCUGCAACAACAAUUCAGUUGCCCAAGAAGGCUUUUUUGACACUUACUCUUGGAAGAACCAACUGCAAUAUAGCAUUCCAAACCUUUUUAAGAAUUAGUCUCUCAAUCUGGUGGAGAGGCUCACGCCUGCAAUCCCAGCCACUCAGGAGGCUGAGAUCUGAAGAUAAAUGUUCCAAGCCAGCCGGAGCA